AGCGUUAUUCAAGCCAUGCAAGAUUACUUAAUUAAAAAUUUCGAUAAAACCUAAUAGUAACGAAAACAAUAAAGUAAAAUCAGUGUAUUUUCAUUCGUCGGCACAAACACCAGGACACACAGUAUAAUGGAUUUAAUUAUUUGUAUUAUAUUUCAUUAUUUAGCCCAGCUCAGUGUAUCACAUAACGUAACUUUGCCCAAUAAUCUGAGCCAGUUGUUAAAUAAAUUAAUUAAAGAAACUGAAAAUAAAAGUGACAAUAAAACACCGUUUGAAGUAAUUGAUCCAGGUAAUGCUUCGAAAAUGGUUUACGUUAAAGAAAAAACAAACCCAAAAGUGAUUUGGCAAGUUAAAUAUGAAGAUAUUACGGACAAACGCAUUGAAGAUGAAAAGAAAAAACCAAAUUUGUUUCAAGAUUUUAUUAAUCUGAAAAACAUAAAUCAUGAUGUUUAUAGUAAUUUUAUGAAUCCUAUAGGUAAUAAUCAAAAAAAUAUACCAAAUUCUUUAGAAUACGUAUCAGAAUCUAUAGUUGAACAUAUAACGCAUAAAGAUUUAUUAUCAGUAAACGAAGAAAGUACAACAGAAAAUUACAAUAAAAAAAUCGAGAACUUUAGAUAUUCAGACAUAUUGGAUGAAAUAAAUUCGGAUAAAAAUAACAUUAAAAGUUAUGAAAAUAUUUUGAAUAACCUGACCAAACUUAUUUCAAGUAAAAAUAGUAACGAUACUUUAAAUAUGAUAUCUCUUAAUAAAAAUUAUGACAGGUUAUUGAAAGAAAUCCAAGAAAUCAAAAUAUUACAUCAAAAUGAAAAUUUAAAGGACAAAAUAAUAUUAUCUCAGCCGUUAUUGACGCAUGGUACAGUAUUAAGACGUUUUGCUUAUCCUAGUCCUUUAUUAUCAAAUUACCGUAUUAUACCACAUGUAGGUGCUUCAUUGAGUAAACAAAUUUUACCUCAAAUGCCACUUUAUAAAAAACAUCUUACUAGUUAUGGACCAGCUUUGGUAAAAAAAAAGUAUUUUAACAAAUUAUCAUAAAGGAUCGACAUUUACAUCACACGUACGUCACGUCAUCGGAGAUCCUUAGUUAUUUACAUAGUAAGAAUUAAAAAAAAAACAAGGUCUAUCUGAAAGUUUUAACACAGCGUUCCAGUUUAAGUCUUUAUUUAAAGAAAUAUCAUUGUAUCACUUAUAAAUUGAAAUGAAUAUUAAUUUAGUUGAACCUUCAGUUGCCCCGUUUUUAAGUGGCAGUUACCGACAGCUAGUUAGCAAGUUGUGAAUCCGAAACACAAAGAAGCCACCCACAAUUCAGACUCUAACUAGUGAACACCUAACAAACAUGAUCAAACCGAAGUCCAAACUGUGCUCAAAGAUCUAGUUAGCUAUUGGAAUGACUCAACUCUUCAUUGACAUGUUUGCGAUUUCCCCCAUGUUUCGCUAAAACCGCUUUCUGUCAAUCAAUCAUUUGAAGCAUACUGCAAAGUGUUCGUAUAAAAUGUGAUUUUAUAUUUAAAUAUAAGCUGAAUAUAAUAAUAAUGUUCUCCAGACCUUUUACUGGUGGUAGGGCUUUGUGCAAGCUCGUCUGGGUAGGUACCACCCACUCAUCAGAUAUUCUACCGCAAAACAGCAAUACUUGAUAUUGUUGUGUUCCGGCUUGAAGGGUGAGUGAGCCAGUGUAAUUACAUGCACAAGGGACAAAAAAUCUUAGUUCCCAAGGUUGGUGGCGCAUUGGCUAUAAGCGAUGGUUGACAUUUCUUACAAUGCCAAUGUCUAAGGGCGUUUGGUGACCACUUACCAUCAGGUGGCCCAUAUACUCGUCCACCUUCCUAUUCUAUAAAAAAAAGACCGAUUUCAGCCACGGCGGCUAAUCUCAAGAGAGAUUAGCCAACUACGCAGGAGAUAUUAUAGUGCACAAGUGUGUUCGUAAACACAGGUGCAAUCUCUAUUCCCUAACUCUCAUAAUCCAAUGGGACGGCAAUCCGACACGACCGGAAAGAGUUCAGGCGAAGGACCAAGGGCUUUACGUGCUUUUCGAGGCACGGGAGAGAAUACGCUUCCAACUUCCAGACUCCGGGCUGCUACUGAGAAUCUUCUGACAGAAAAACCCAAUAACUUUUUAUUGGCCCGACCUGGAAUUGAACCCAGGACCUCAGGGUCUACGGCCUUACAUCAAGCCACUAGACCAACGAGGCUGUCGGAAGCUGAAUAUAUAGAUGUAAUAUAAUCAAUAUGCUUACGCAUUUCCUUCCAAUACCAAAUACACAAUAUAGUGAUAUUGAUAUUAUAUUGUAUCGAUAUAUAAUAAUAAUCAAAUAUUUGUAAUUUGGUAUUUAAGAAUUUAUAAUAAAAAAUUAUCAAAUUAAUCGUUUCAAACAUAGAAUCCUAUUUUUUUAAGUCUGUUAAAAAUAUAUGUACUUAUAACAUGAAAUCACUCGGAGCUUAGAUAAUCUGUUUUACUCUUUUAUGAAAUAAUGUCACAGUUGGUGUUGAGUUAUGGAUAGGCAGGAAUAUGGCAAUCCUUGCUCUGUGGAUUUCGUUGUAUCUUAUUAAAUAUUUUUAAUUAAAAUGUUUCUCUAUAGCAAAAUAAAUUUACUUCUCAGUUAUACUUACUAUUACUUUAUAUUGAUUAUGUUUAUAUAUGAAAUAGCAAUUUACUUACCUUUUAAAAAUAAUAAACUAAUAUUCUCAUUCGAUCUGCAAAAAUGUCACAAAAUAGCACCGACGAGUCUAGGAAGGGUGUAUUUUUCAGUCUGAGUUCUCUUGUAUGUAUGCAUUAUAAUAAGACAACUCUCAACUUCAUAUUCGCCAUGUGAGUAAUCCUUAAGCGCGUAUUAUCACAGCACGUGUUAAUCUCCGUGAGGGGCUUUCAAUAGCGUUUCGCAUAUAGAAAAGUUUCGGUGAAAAUGUUUCAAACUUCUCAUCGGAACGCGUUAGCUGAAGUUGCUAUGUUAAUGUAUUUCACUCUUUGUAUCAGAAACUGUCUGCUCGUUAAAUACGACCUAUCCUACGCGCUCAAAUGCUUUAAGAGGUUUAUUUUGAUGUUUUACUUAUGAGUUUCAUAAUAAAUAUCUACAUGCACUUAGACGGAGUAUUAUGCAUAUGUACUUAAAAUAUUUGCAGAUGUGCUUUGUGAUUUUCGAUUUAAAAUACAAAUAAACAGACACGUUUGUGAGGUUCUUUCAACGCA